UCUGAUUUGAACAAACCAGAGGCGGCAGGCGCAGUCAGUGCACGGCCAGAAGCAGACUCAACACGGAGUUUAUUAUUAUUUUUCAAAUGAUUCGACAUACUUAUAUAAAGUAAAGUCUUUUUUUUCUCAAGGAACACCCGCAACCGACUGUCGAAGCUUUGAAUUUGUUCUUUUGCGACACCGCGAACGAAGGGAAAAGGUGGCAAUGAGAAGGUGCUGUGAAUGAAACGAAUUUAAUGCACCUCUGAAGCUCAUCACUCCUUUCUGUGGACAUUAUGUUAAAUCCCAUCUAAAUUCAGUGGCACCCCAUCCCCUAAACCCGAACGUCAUUAUGACCAGUCUCAAGCGUUCCCAGACGGAGCGCUCUGUAGGGGGCUCAGUGCCAGCUACUGAUGAGUUCUAUACUCGCCGUUUGCGUCUGCCCAAUGGAGGGGCACCACCGCCCCGUAGUGAGAGUGCACAUAUUUCUUCCUCCUCCAAUACUGGCACCAACCCUGGAGUUCCUAAGAUGGGAGUCCGGGCUCGAGUGGCUGACUGGCCCCCUCGAAAAGAUGGUGGAGGAGGAGGCGUAUGGCAUAUCACAGUGGAAACCGACUCACCAAGCUCCACCACCACUAGUUCCUCUGGAUCAGGAAGUGGAGAUCGAGAAAGACUUGUGGGAAGUGGCGGUAUUAGUGGCAGUGGAGGAGGCAGUGUCUCAGCUGUAACAGCCCACAGCAAUUUGUCAGCAAAGCUCGGGCAUCUAAUUAGCCCUCAGGACUCGUCCAUGCUUCGCAAUAUUCAGAACACACUGAAGAACAAAAUGCAAAUGAAGGGAAAGGACAACCGUUUCUUGUCACCCGAUGGCUAUCUUGGGUCACCCCGUAAGGGUAUGAGACGCAUCCGGCAGCGGAGUAACAGUGAUAUAACAAUAAGUGAACUAGAUGUGGAUGGUAAUGAGGGCUGGUCUUUCUCCGGGUGGACACCAAUGCACAGGGAAUAUGGCAGCACUUCAUCCAUAGAUAAACAUGGAGUCUCCGGUGAGAGUUUUUUUGACAUGCUCAAAGGAUAUCAGUCUUCUGAGGCCCCAGAUCAACGAAGUCCUGCACCAGAAAGGUUAACUGAGCUGCUAACUGUUGCGCCUGUGAAACAGACUGCCCUGGAUUUGCCUGAUGGCUCAUUGGGACCACCCAGAGGUAGUCCUGCUAGUCGUCUUAAAGAAAGAGAGAAGCAUUUGAAAAGAAGGUCAAAGUCAGAGACAGGUGGAGAGUCAAUAUUCCGAAAGUUGCGCAGUGUUAAAGUAGAAGGUGACACUUCAAGAGCUGGGUCAGAUGCUGAGGAUGGAGGAAAAGGGGAUGAGAGUUCAACCCCUCCUAAACCUUGGAUGUGCCAGAAAGGCUUUGCCCAUUUUGAUAUCAAUUCUUUACUCUUUGACCUCAAUGAGGUCAUCCAAACCCGACAGUCAGGAGCCAAACGCAAGAACACCACUACUGGUGCCUCAGCUGCUGCUGCUGCUUCUGCUUCAGUCACAUCAUCUCUCUCCUCAAGUCAGAGUGUAGUGUAUGGAUCACCUUGUGGAUCACAAGAGGAACUGAGCAAAGAGGGGAUAGGAGGACAUGGGACUAACCCGGCCUUGGACCCGGGUGAUGAUAAGAGCAAUGACCUUGUGCUCAGCUGCCCAUGUUUCAGGAAUGAGAUUGGUGGAGAGGGUGAGAGAAACAUUGCUCCAGCUAAACAACAGGGAAGCAUUGGCAGUGGUACGAGCUCAAGCAAUUCUAACAGCAGUCCAGAAGAAGGACCACUGGAGGCUACCCUCACGAGUCAUUUUACCAAUGCUGGUGUAGCAGUCCUGGAGGCCACAAAAGAUGGUCCAAGUCAACAUGCUGACCGGUCCAAGAGAUAUAUUGUGGAGCAUGUUGACCUCGGAGCCUAUUACUAUCGAAAGUACUUUUAUCUCCGAGAACACUGGAACUACCUUGGGUUGGAUGAGAAUUUAGGCCCGGUUGCAGUGAGUCUCAGGAGGGAGAAACUGGAGGAACACAAGGAUCAUGGACAGCAAUAUAAUUAUAGAGUCAUUUUCAGAACGAGUGAGUUAAAUACACUUCGUGGCUCUAUCAUAGAAGAUGCAGUACCUUCCACAUCGAAGCAUGGUUUAGCGAGAGGCCUGCCCCUCAAAGAAGUGUUGGAGUACGUAGUCCCGGAACUGAAUAUUCACUGCCUGCGCCUAGCACUCAACACGCCCAAGGUCACUGAACAGCUGAUGAAGCUUGACGAGCAGGGACUGAGUUUCCAGCGCAAAGUGGGAGUGAUGUACUGCAUGUCAGGCCAGAGCGGAGAAGAAGAAAUGUAUAACAACGAAUCAGCUGGUCCAGCACUGGAGGAGUUUCUUCAUCUUCUCGGGGAGAGGGUUCGACUUAAGGGCUUUUCUAAGUACCGAGCUCAGCUGGAUGCCAAAACUGACUCAACUGGCACUCACUCCUUGUAUACAACUUAUAAGGAUUACGAGAUCAUGUUCCAUGUGUCAACCAUGCUCCCGUAUACACCCAACAAUAAACAGCAACUGCUGCGGAAGCGCCACAUUGGGAAUGAUAUCGUCACCAUUGUAUUCCAGGAACCUGGAGCGCUCCCCUUCACCCCCAAAAACAUCCGUUCACACUUCCAACAUGUGUUUGUGGUUGUCCGGGUACACAAUCCUUGUUCUGACAAUACCUCUUACAGCGUGGCAGUCACCCGCUCUAAAGACAUGCCUUCAUUUGGACCACCUAUCCCAGAGGGGGUGACCUUCCCAAAGUCCUCGGUGUUCCGGGACUUCCUCCUUGCCAAGGUCAUCAAUGCAGAGAAUGCUGCCCACAAGUCUCACAAGUUCCGUGCCAUGGCCACCCGAACACGGCAGGAGUAUCUACGCGACCUGGCCGAGCGGCACACCACUAGCACGCCCAUUGACCCAUCGGGAAAGUUCCCCUUCAUCUCACUGGCCCACAAAAAGAAGGAAAAGAGUCGACCGUAUGCUGGAGCUGAGAUGCGAAGCCUUGGGGCGAUUACCUGGCUUGUCCAUGCAGAGGAUCCUGGGACUGGGGGAGAGAUAGAUGCCCUUCUUGCUAUCUCCAAUGAUUUUCUCAUUCUGUUGGAUCAUGAUGCCAAAGCCGUGGUGUUCAACUGUGCCACCAAAGAUGUCAUUGGCUGGACGCUGAGCAGCCCGGCGUCUUUACGGAUUUUCUACGAGCGGGGAGAAAGUGUGUCACUAAGGAGUAUCAGUAAUAACACUGAGGAUUUCAAAGAGGUGAUCAAACGUCUGGAGUUCCUGACGAAAGGCUGCGAUACAUCUGAAAUGACUCUUCGUCGAAAUGGCCUCGGGCAACUUGGUUUCCAUGUAAACUACGAAGGCAUUGUUGCUGAGGUGGAGCCAUAUGGAUAUGCUUGGCAGGCAGGCCUACGCCAGGGAAGUCGCUUGGUAGAAAUCUGCAAGGUUGCGGUCGCAACACUGACUCACGAGCAAAUGAUUGACUUGCUGCGCACCUCCGUGACCGUGCGCGUUUCUAUUAUCCCACCACACGAUGAUGCCACACCACGAAGGGGCUGCUCAGAACUCUAUCGCAUGCCUAUGGCUGACUACAAGAGCAGCAGUAGUGAUAGCGGCUCCUUUGAAUACAAGUUCCCCUUUCGCAGCAACAACAACAAGUGGCAGAGGACAUCCAGUAGCCCCCAGCAGUCACUGACUGCUUCACCACAGCCUCAUACACCCAACAGAGCCAUCAGCCUAGGGAGCUCAGUGGGGAAGACCUUGUCAGCUGAGAGGUUGGAGAGAGGCAUCCCACGCAGUGUCAGCAGUGAUGGACGCCCACUGGACACUAAAAGGGUAUCUCCAGGAAGUGAGAGCUACAGCCUUGUCUCCUCUCUGGCUCUGGGUCGCUCUCCGCACAAUCGCAGCUCUCCCAGCAACCUGUCAUGUUCCAGCGAUGCCUCCGGCAGCUCAGCUCAUUGGAGACAGAAGUCCAUGCCUGAGCAGUUUGCUGGGAGCCGCCACUCUCCGAUGUCCAAUGAGAGACAGAUUGUUGGAGAAGGCGGGUCAAGUGGAAAAUCGAACCAAAAUUGGUCCCGAAUGGAGGAAGGAGUGGGUGAACGAGGGUCAACAGAGGCACCAGUUUCUAAAUCUGGUCAAGGCUACUCUGGAGGACCCCGCAUUCAAAGACAGGAGCAGGUCAUCCACCUGUCCCCAAAGAAAAGCAGUCAGUCGGACGGUCCUUACUCCGGUCACUCCAGCAGUAAUACUCUUUCAAGCACAGCUUCUAGUGGGGGCCACAGUGACAGCGAUAAAUGGUACGAAAUGGGGGCUGGCGGAGGCUCCAGCGGCGACCAAGGUGAGCCGGAGCCCAACGGCUUAGGAGGCGGUGGAUACCUUCAGGGAGCCUCGGCCGACAGUGGCAUUGACACUAGCUCGUACGGAGCCUCGCACCACAACCACCCACAUUCUCACCACGGUAGCACCACCUCACUACUCGCUCCCAGUGGAGGUCGAGAAAGUAGAGAUCGGUCGCCUUGGCACAGCCCUACUGAGGGUGGACGCAGAAUGCUGGAAAGGUCGCCUGCAGCGGCUGAGUCCCCAGUUCCUCCAAUAGAAAGGAGUUUAGAUAGCACUGGUCGAACACCUCCUACUCAUCUCCUUGUGAGAGACAGCAGCACCUUUAGUCUGAGUGAUGGUGGAUCUCACUCAAGACACGGUUCCCCCAGGGAAGAAUCCUCAACAACCACCUCUCCAUCAUCCCAGUCCUCGGUGUCCCCGGGACCAAAGAGCUUUUACCCUCGCCAGGGAGCUCAGUCCAAGUACCUGAUCGGCUGGAGGAAACCUGGUUCAACCAUCAAUUCGGUUGAUUUUGGAGACACACGCAAGAAAUCCCCAGGGGAGAGUGGGUUGGAGGGCAUUCCGACGCCAGCAGCCAGGCCCUCUUUAAGGGACAUGCACUCUCCACAACCUCAUGCUAAGUCUACUAUUGAAGAAGAUGUGAAAAGGCACCCUGCUAAGGAUAGCCCUAUCCCAUCCCGCAGAUAUAAAGAAAAGCAUGCCCAAAAAUCCCCACCAAGCCAACCCCCAAGCCGCCGCCGUUCACUCCAUCGCACUCUAUCCGACGAAAGCAUCUACCGCGGUCAGCGCCUUCCCUCUUUGACUGAUUCGAUGAUGGAAGCGGCACUCGGCGCCGACGUUCUCUUUAGCUGCUCCACUCUACCGCGCUCACCCACAACCCGUGGUGUACCCCUUCGGCGGCCCUCCUAUAAGCUGGGAGUCAAACUUCAUGGUGACCUCUCCGCAUCUGACACAUCAUUGGUGGAUUUAGUGGAGCGUCAUCGUGGGCCUCUACCUCAGGAGCUGAUGCCCCUUCCAUCCUCUGAAAGGGACAGCCCACUUGACUGGACACACCUUGUAGAUGUGGCCAACACAUUUGACAAUGAAAGGAACACACACUAUGUCCAGAGAAGUUACGUGUUUGGAGAUUCAAACCACAGAAGCAGUGGUGCCUCCAGUCCUCAGCAGAGCCACAUAGAGCUGCAGCCUGCUCCCAUGUCCCGGCCUGCAUCUAGUGAGGGUCACAUAGGCCUGGAGAGAAAAGUGACCAAGUUAGAGGCAAUGGUGAAGAUGCUCCAAGAGGACCUGAAGAAGGAACGUGAGGAGAAGGUGCGACUUCAGGCUCAGAUCAAGAGGCUGUGGGAGGACAACCAGAGGCUUCAGGAAGAGUCUCAGACCUCCGCUGCGAAGCUCAAGAAGUUCACCGAGUGGGUCUUUAACACCAUCGACAUGAAUUGAUGUUCCUAGUAAAAAAACAAACAAAAAAAACCACUUGUCACUGAUUAGUUGUAAACAAUAGUCACUCAUCUUGCCGUGGCCAUUCACCUCCUACCCUGCUAAAACCUGUACUGUAUAUAAAGGGAAUCCACAACCUGAACUGCUUCCACGAGUGAUCGGUGAUCAUAAGCCAUUUCCUGACCUGUUUGGAUGUGCUCUUAGCUGAGGUUUUCAAAUGACUUGAGGCAGAGAAUGUAACAAUUCUUGAAAUCCCAACCACUUGCUGUUUCACUGGAACACACUCCGGCACAGGUAUUAAUGAGCUGCUUCACCAAACUAUGGGGAGCGCUUUUCAUGGCCCCUCAAUGGAGAAAUUAAAAAGUUUGCGGCUGGAUUUUACAUUAUUUUUCCCGCACAACACAGAUUGUUUUGAAUGCUCCCCUGGGCUUCUUGUUUUUCAACCAAUGACUCAGCACUGAAGGCAAACUUUUUGUUUUUUGAAAUGUCAAUGUUGUCUCCUCUGGGAAACUGAUAACAACAUUGCAUCCGUCCUCGACAGCACAAACCAGCUGACUCCACCACCUCCGACCAAGGAAUAAAGUUAAAAGCCAUUGGCAGCGGUGCCACGCCAUAACUUCAGAAUUUCUACCCAGAGUGCUUUGUGUCUUUAAAGCAAUAGGGAGAAGACAGGAGACAAUUCCCUGGAAAGAUUUUUAAAAAGAUUCUCAUAAACACGAUACUGCUGCACACGAGCCUCUAUUUCCUCUCCACUUUAAAGCAGUGAACUUUCUUGUGUGACAAAGACAUGAGAGAAGACUCUGGAAGUAUCUGGAAUAGUGGUAAUUUGAUUUUAUUUUUCUGAGGAGGAAGGAUAACUAUGAAGGGUUUAUUUAUUUUUCUUGUAUUAUAAUUCCAAUGAAUAAGUUGCUCUAUCCGUACAGUACAACUGACAUCAGUGUUUAGUUUGUCAAGAAGAAGAAAAAAAAAACAACUCAGUAAGUAUAUAAUUUAAUGGCUUUCUUAAUCCUGGCUACAGCCUAUCUGCAUUUUAAUUCUGUAUUAUGUUGUGUUUUGUGGUGCUCAAGCCUGCUGUCGUGUUGCUUUCAACGCCCUCUAGUGAUGACUAGUGCAACUCUCAUGGUUAUUCCACGUGCCGCCAGUUCGUACACUUUGUAUUUUUCCUCUUAGAACAUUCGCCGGGUGGGCUGCGUAAAAACUUGGUGGCGAAACGGAAGCCAGCUUUGACUGACAAUCAUAGGUUGAUGUUUGGGUAAAAGGAGCUGACUUUUUGUUCACUUGUAUACUUUCCCUCAGGUGUGUGAACGUGUUAAGAAAUUUAUCUUUGGAUACCAUGAAAUAACAACUGUGGAGCGUGUGUGAGUGAAUGGGCGCGUCAUAGAGUGAAUGUACAUCAGUCUAUCCAGCUGUGCCUACAAUCACUUAGGGUCAUUUUUCCUCCCAUGGUUAGCAGGGACGUACGUGCCUUUGAAAGAGCACCUGGGCAACACAUGAAGUGAAAGACUCCUCUUCAUCCAAACAGUUGAACACACCUAGUAACCAACAGUUUCAGAACAAUUCUAUCGAUGUCACACCAGAUAGUUUAGAAAUAUAUUCAAAAAUAUCUAUUAGAUACACAAUUUUUGGAUACCUGGUAUGUACAAGAAAAAAUGCAAUCUGUGACUCUGUUUUUUAGAACAAAUGUUUUUUGAAGAACAAAUGUUUCCAUAUUUCAACAUUAGUAUUAAAUAGUCUUGUCCGUUGACAAUAUUGAAUCAUUAUUUACAAUAAAAGCACACAAACGCGAAAGCAGUUUGUACAAUAAAAUUUUUAGACAAUGAAUUUUAGUCAUGUAAGGUGCAAAAAAAAAUGUGUACGUUUACAAUUCACAGGUGGAGGUUUUUCCAGACACAAAAACAUCACUGCCUUCAAAACUGCGACUGCUGCCACCAUACAACAAUAUUAGAUCUCCACUCCAUUUUUUAAAAAAUCAUACUAAAUUGUCUCUCUUCUUGCAGCACAAGCUACUUCAAAUACAGAGAUAAAUUCAUUAUAACGUCACUAUACCCCCAAUAUACAGUCAUGGACGAAAUUAUUGGCACCCCUGGAAUUUUUCCAGAAAAUACAGCAUUUCUCACAGAAAUUAAUGCAAUUACCAAUGUUUUCAGGAUCAAUGUGUUUAUUUCUUGGAUGUGCAUUGGAAUAACAAAAAAAAAAAAAGCUGAAGGGAAAAGCCAAAAUGUGCGCAAUUUUACACAGAAUGCCAAAAAAAAGGGCUGGGGAAAAUUGUUGGCACCCUCAACUCAAUAUUUGGUUGUGCCUCCUUUAGAAGAAAUAACAGAAAGCAAUCGCUUGCUAUAACCAUCAAUAAGUUUCGUGCACCUCUCAGAUGGAAUUUUAGACCAGUCUUCUUUUGCGGACUGUUCCAUAUCUCUCAGGUUUGAAGGGUGCCUUCUUACAACAGCAAUUUUAAGAUCUCUACAUAGUGUUCAAUACGAUUUAGACCUGGACUCAUUGAUGGCCACCUCAGACUUCUCAAGCGCCUUGUCGCCAAUCAUUUUUUGGUGCUAUUGGAGCUAUGUUUUUGGUCAUUGUCCUGUUGGAACACCCAUGACCUUUGACGCAGACUAACUUUUCUGACACUACACCCUACAUUCCGGCCCAAAACAUUUUGAUAGUCUCCAUAUUUCAUGACUCCUUGCACACUGUCAAGGCACCCAGUGCCAGAGGCAGCAAAACAACCCCCAAAACAUUAUUUGACCUCCACCAUGUUUGACUAUUGCCACUGUGUUCUUUUCUUUGUAGGCCUCAUUCUUUUUUUUUCUAGCACUGGGAACGAGUGUCCAACCAUUUCUUAGUGCUAUUUGAGGUAUGUUUUGGGUCAGUGUCCUGUUGGAACACCCAUGACAAGCCCAAAACAUUGUGACAGUCUCCAUAUUUCAUGACUCAUUGCACACUGUCAACGCACCCAGUGACACAAAAAAGAAUGAGGAGGUCCAGUGAUGUUUUGGGGUAGUUUUGCUGCCUCUGGCACUGGGUGCCUUGACAGUGUGCAAGGAGUCAUGAAAUAUGGAGACUAUCAAAAUG